AUGAUACACCGCACAAACAAAGAGAAAAGGAGACAGCCGAUAAACACUAACAGGGACCCUCGCAGACACAGCAGCAACAGCAGCAGCAGCAACAGUAGCAGCCACAGCAACAGCAGCAGCAACAGCAGCAACAACAGCACCAGCAGUAGCAACAGCAACAGCAGCAGCAAUAGCAACAGCAGCCGCAACAGCAACAGCAGCAGCAGCGACAGCAGCAGCGACAGCAGCAGCAACAGCAACACCAGCAGCAGAAGCAGCGACAACACCAGUGCCAGCAGCAGCAGCAGCAGCAACGGCAACCGCCGCAACAACAACAUGAAUAGCAGCAGCAGCAACGACAGCAACGGCAGCAACAGCAGCAGCAGCAACGACAGCAGCAGCAGAAGCAGCAGCAGGACCUGA